AUGUCUGCCAGGAAUUAUCCACAUCUGCCGACAGAAAUACAGCUGAGCAUACUGGGGCUUCUUGCGGAAGAUGCUCGACAUGCGGUCUCAACGCUCCGAUACGACGAAGCAUGGCGCUGCUAUGCUCAAUCCCUUCUACCUGCUAUCCUUGUCAAUCGAGGUUGGUCUGCACGAGGCACAAACCUGCUUUGGCGUGAGCCAUUCACUCCUGCAUUGGCCAAGAUACAGCCCCAGCGCCGACAGCGGUAUGCCGACAAAGUUCAGAGCAUCGGGCUCUAUCUGUACCGUCAAGACCACGUGGAGUGUCCUGCAGCUUUCGCGAAUCUAAGCUUUCCCCAAUUAAAACGACUGGAAAUCAACUCCUGCCCACCUUGGAUGAAACUCGACCUUCGGCCAUAUAUGAGCCCGAGUAUUACGUCUUUUACCAUGCUUGGAUGUCCUCAUCUUCCCAGCUCCCUGCUUGAUCUGAUUGCUUUCUGUUGUCCCAAGCUGCGAGAUGUCCAUCUCGACUACAUGGCUGCAUACCACAAACAUGAGCAUCUCGUCAAGUUCUUACGAAAAUGCAGACACCUGAGGGAUUUCACAUUGAGUUCUCAAGAUGGUUCAGACUUCUCUUUACACGUGCUGGAGACCUUGGCAUCUCGCAAACAGCUUGAGUCUCUUUACGCUCCUGUGAACUUCAUCUCGUACCACUCGAUAGAGACGGUCAUGCAAAGGAACUCACGCCUGCGACCUUUCCGCAACGUACGCAACUUAUCCCUGAGCAUCGAGUCGAAAGCAGUAAGGCCCGUUCUUCUUGCAGCUGAAUUUCUGGUUGAACUUGAAUUGAAUCUAGCUGAUUCUGAGCACGAUGUAUUUGGGACCAUUGGGUCGUUCUCCUGCUUGGAGACACUUGAGAUUUCUUUCUCUAACCUCAAACGCCUCUCCAUACAAGAGCUACAGUCUAUAUCGGGCCUACUGCGUCUGAAAGAGCUCGUCAUCUGCGGACCUCCCUCAGAUCCAUACCAAGCGAAUGGACCGCUACUGAUCGCUCAUGCUUGGACCGAUGAUGACUUCCUAUCCUGGAUAUCUAGUCAUCCUAAUCUGGAGAAGUUGGCAUUUGGCGUUCGUCCAAUAGCCAGCCAUUGGAUCUCAGAGACAAGAUUGAUUGGUAAAAGCUGUCCAGAACUCAUUACUCUAUCUAUGGAUGGUGUACAUGAUAUCGGAGCUUGGAGGAUCUCGUCUGAACCUUUAUUUCCUACAUUGCUCGAGCUCGAACUUGGACAGCUGAAGUCAUGGCCGUUCUCUACGAGGUACGUUGGGUACAAUCACAGUUGGUGUACAGAAACUUACAUGAGAACAGUGCUGAGCAGACUGAAGAAUAUGCGAUGGGGCUCGCACGUUUGA